AUGACGUCACAUACUUCUCAUCAUCAAAAUGAAUCUUCUCCAGCGAUACAAUCAAAUAUACCAGUAGAACUUCAAUUGCUCGAUAAUCCGCACCAAAACCAUAAAACUUCAUAUUCUCUCACAAAUUCCAAUGUUGAAAACUUAGAAUCAGCAAAUGUAACGGACAUAGAUGCAGAUGCCAGGAGGAUAGGAGAUGGAAUUAGAAGUACAAGCGACACGGAAGCAGAACUUCAAGCUGAGGAUCCGGAAAGAGUUUAUCAACAACUCAAGCCUGUAGAUGGAGGUCCGGCAGCUUGGAGAUUAUUGAUCGCGGCAUUUGUGUUCGAAGCAAUCUUAUGGGGUUUCCCCAUCUCCUUUGGAGUCUUCCAAGACUACUACUUCACACUCCCCCAAUUCACCACCUCCAAAUCCCAAAUUGCCCUCAUCGGAACCAUCUCCCAAGGUCUCUGUUACCUCGGUGCCCCUCUCUCCGCCUCCCUCACCAAACGAUUUCCCAAGCACCAAACCCAUCAAAUCUGGCUCGGCCUCCCAAUCUGCAUCCUUGGUCUCGUAGCCGGUUCCUUCUGCGACUCCGUGCAGGGAUUGAUCUGGACUCAGGGCGUAAUGUACGGUUGCGGAUUCCUGAUCCUCACAUAUCCUAUCAUAAGUAUGAUAAAUGAAUGGUGGAUUGCGAGGAAGGGGAUGGCGUUUGGAUUGAUCAGUGCGGCGAGUGGAGUGAGUGGCGCGGGAAUGCCGUUUAUUAUUCAAUUUUUGCUCGAGAAAUAUGGAUACAAAACCGCGUUGAGGAUUAUCGCAGUUGGGAUUACGAUUUUGACGGUUCCUUUGCUGCCGCUGUUGAAAGGGAGAUUGCCACCAAGUGAACGCAGUAGAUUGGCACGCACAAAUUGGGGGUUUCUGAAAAAUAAACUUUUCUAUAUUUAUGGAUCUGCAACACUGAUUUACGGAAUGGGAUUUUUCUACCCAGGGGUUUAUCUCCCUUCUUUCGCUACAAAUAUCGGAUUGAGUGGUACGCAAGGAGCUGCAAUUUUGGCAGUCAUGAGUGUAGCGCAAGUCGCGGGCCAAUUCGCAUGUGGCUACUUGUCUGAUAAGAAUUUCUCCGUCAAUGCUCUUGCGGUGGGUUGCACAAUCAUGGCGACGAUUUCCUCAUUCGUACUCUGGGGUUUUGCAAAAUCAAUGGGUUUGCUUAUCGCGUAUGGAAUCAUGUAUGGAUUUUUUGGAUAUGGGUUUAGUACGAUGAGAGUGGCGAUGGGGAAGCUGAUUUGUAGUGACCCGGGGAGUGUGGUGAGUAUUUAUUCGAUUUUCAUUUGUUUGCAGGGAGUGGGGAAUGUAUUGGUUGGUCCGAUUAGUGGGGGGUUGUUGGGGGAGAAGGUGGUGCUUGGAGGGUAUGGGGUUGAGAGGUAUAGGGAUAUGGUUAUUUACACAGGGUGUUGUAUGGCGGGGUGUGCGGGGGUUAUUGGGGGAUGGUGGUUGAGACCUAGAGGGUUGGUGAGUGGGUAA